AUGCAAAGCUCAAUGUUAUCAUUCUUGACAAAGAAGACUGAUUCUACAUCAGCUUCACAAACUUCACCAAAGAAACAACAACAAACGAGUACGACAAGUAAAGAUGAUGAUAAGAAGAAAUCAUCAACAACCAAUAAUAAUAAUGAUAAGAGUAGUAAACUAAAAAGAAAGAAUAGGGAUGAUGAACAAGUAGAAGAAGAGGAAGAGGAAGACAAUGAUAUCUUUGAUUUGAGUGAUGACGAUCAUAAAGUUGCAAGCCAAGUCUCUUCUUCCUCUUCUUCAAAUUUCGAGGAAAAGUCGAUUUCACCACCAACUCCAACACCAACCAAACCAAAGAAAGCUGCUCCUAAAAAGCCUGCAAAAUCAACAACAAAGAAGACUAAAAAGAUGGAAGAAGAUCCAAAGAAAAAUAAUAAUAAUAAUAAUUCCACUAUUCCUGCUGUCGGCACUAAUAAUAAUAAUACAAUGAGUGAUUCACAAGAAUCAUCUGCUUCAUCAACACCAAUUAAAUCAACCUCACCAAUUAAACAAACAACUUCACCAACCAAGAAAGACAACUUAAUUCCAACUGUUACAGUUUUACCAACCAAAAAAAAUCUGGAAACCACUACUUCAACAACUUCAACUACCUCUACAACAACAACAAAAUCAAACGAUGAAAAUGAAAUUUUAGAAGAAGAAGAAGAAUUAGAGGAAGAAGAGGAUGAGGAAGAAGUAAUUGAAGAAGAAUUUGAAGAAGAAGAAGAGAAUGAAAAAGGUGAAACUGUAGUUUUAAAAAAGAAAAUAUUUGUAAAGAAACCAGUCAAACAAAAAUCAACUGCCAAACAAUUGGAACAAGAAUUAACUAAUCUUUCAAAAUAUCAUCCAAUCACUGAUGCACAAUGGAAAAAGGGAUUACCAGUACCAUAUAUGGCAUUAGCAAAAACCUUUGAAUUAAUUGAAGGAACAUCACGUAGACUUUUAAUCAUUGAACAUUUAACCAAUUUAUUUAGAUCGAUUAUGGCAUUGACACCAGGUGAUUUGAUCAAUACCAUUUAUAUGUCAAUCAACAAGAUUGGUCCAUCGUAUGGUGGCAAGGAGUUGGGCAUUGGAGAAUCGAUUUUGAUGAAGGCCGUCGCUGAAAGUACAGGUCGUACAAUGGAAUUUAUCAAACAGGAGUUAAAGACGGUUGGUGAUUUGGGUAUCAUUGCGCAAUCGAGUAGAAUGACCCAGACAAUGAUGUUUGCACCACCACCACUCACCAUCCAAGGUGUAUUCAAGAUAUUCUCGCAGAUUGCCGACAUGACUGGCAACUCUUCACAAAACAAAAAAAAGGAUCUUAUAACAAAGUUGUUGGUCAGUUGCAAAGAGAGUGAAGCACUCUACAUUAUCCGUUCGUUGCAGGGUAAACUACGUAUUGGGUUGGCAGAGCGAUCAGUGUUGAUUGCGUUGACUCGUGCCAUGGUCAUCUCGCCACCUGCACUCAUUGCAUCGGAACCCAAUGGCAAGUUGGACACUAGAAAGGGUAAGACUACCGAGGAGUUUGCAAGUGUGAUAGACGCGGCUGUUGCCAAGGUCACACGUGCGUACAGUCAGUUACCCAAUUAUGACCUGCUCGUACCUCGAUUGAUAGUGGCCGAUGGUGUUGACACGAUCCUCGAGACGUGUCGGUUGAUGGCUGGUAUCCCCGUCAAGCCAAUGUUGGCACAGCCAACAACCGGUAUCACCCAAGUAUUGGACCGAUUCCAAGAGAUGGAGUUUACCUGCGAGUUCAAGUAUGAUGGUGAACGCGCACAAAUCCAUCUCACCGAAGACGGUAAAAUCAGCAUCUACACACGUAACCUCGAAGACUAUACUGGCAAGUACCCCGAUAUCAUCGCCAACGUCAAGCGAUUCAUUGGAGAGGGUGUCACCUCUUUUAUCCUGGAUUGCGAGGCUGUUGCGUACGACCCUACCAACAACAAGAUUCUCUCGUUCCAAAUCCUCUCUUCGAGACCUCGAAAGGGUGUUUCGUUGGAUCAAAUUAAGAUUCCAGUCUGUGUAUUUGCCUUUGACUUGCUCUACCUCAACGGAAAGAGUUUGAUUGACGAGCCAUUCUACAAGCGUCGUGAAGUGCUCUAUGCCAACUUUAAAGAGACGCCCGGUGCCCUCACCUACGCCAAACACGCCAACAUCUCAGAUGUCAACGAUAUCCAGCUGUACUUGCAAGAAGCCAUCGACGGCAACUGCGAAGGUUUGAUGGUCAAAACUCUCAAGGAGCAGUCCAUCUAUGAACCAUCCAAGCGUUCGUACAACUGGCUCAAGAUCAAAAAGGAUUACAUGGCAGGCAUGACAGACUCGGUCGACGUUGUUCCCAUUGGUGCAUGGUACGGAAAGGGUAAGCGUACUGGUGUCUAUGGUGCCUAUUUAUUGGCAUGCUAUGACGAUGACAAUGAAGAUUUCCAAACUCUUUGCAAGAUUGGUACUGGGUUUAGUGAUGAACAACUGAAAGAAUUUACUGAGAUCCUCGCACCACAAGUCACCAAUAGUUGUAAAAACACCUAUAUCGUAUCUGACAAUUUAAAACCAGAUGUUUGGUUCAAUCCAUCUCAGGUCUGGGAAGUAUUGGCCGCCGAUCUCUCCAUCUCUCCCAUUCACACUGCUGCCGUCGGUGUGUUGGAUCCCAACAAGGGCAUAGCUCUUCGUUUCCCAAGAUUUAUUCAAAUUCGUAAAGAUAAGAAUCCAGAAGAUGCAACCACCGCCUCUCAAAUCGUUGAUAUGUAUAAAAAUCAAAAAAUCAAUAGUUUUAAAAUGGUUGAUGAAGAUUAUUAA